GCUAAGCAUCGUUUCUCUCUUGUCAUUCUUCUUUUUCUUCUUCCAAAAUUUUUGGGGUCCUUGCUUUGGGCGUCAACCUUGCCUGUCUUUCUUCCUCCCUUCCUUCUCCUGAAAUUUGCUUCACGUUGAGCUUAUUUUAAUGUGAGUUUCUGUCUGGCAUUGUUUGUUUGCUCAGGUAUAUGAAUGUAGUUUUGAAGGCUUGAAGGCUUGACCUUACAUAUUCUGCGCAUAUGUGCAUCCCUGAAUCCUUGACGUUUGGUUUGUCUUUUUCGGGAACACGAAAUCCAUAAAUUUUACUACCUCCCACAAACACAGUUGGAGAGGGAGAUAUGAAGAGAACGAAGAAGAAAGAGAGAUGGAUACAGCACUACAGCAGCUUUCAGAAGAUACUGCUUGUGGGUGAAGGCGACUUUUCAUUCUCAGCUUGUUUAGCUAGACAGUUUGGUUCUGCUGUUAACAUGGUUGCCACUUCACUCGACCCUCAAGAGAUAGUGUAUGCUAAGCAUUGGAGCUGUGCAACACAUUUGCAAGAACUAAAAAGAUUAGGAUGUCGAGUUCUGCAUGAAGUUGAUGUGAAAGAAAUGAACAGACAUCCCACCUUAAUAAACAUGGAAUUUGAUGUUAUCGUCUUUAACUUCCCUCAUGCUGGCCAUUUCCCAGGGUUAUGUGAAAGAAAUGUCAAACUCAUCAAGAUGCACAGAGAGAUUCUGAAGGCAUUCUUUAAGAGUGCGAGUGAUAUGCUGAGCAGUGGAGGGGAAGUUCAUGUCACACACAGAGAUGACUAUCCCUAUAAUAUAUGGAAGGUGGAGAAACUAGCCAACGGAGCGGGUCUUUAUUUGAAAGAGAAAGUAGAAUUCCAAAAGAAGGACUACCCUGGGUAUCAUAACAAGAGAGGCGGUGCUAUCGGUAGUAACAAAACAUUCCCUCUCAAAGACUGCUAUACCUUCAAAUUCUCUGUUGGUACUUGGGAAAGCGAAGAAGAAGAAGAUGAAGAAGAUGAUGACGAUUAUGAUUACAAGUACAAUGAUGAUGUUGAUGAUGAUGAGGACACUACAUCUAGUGGAAGUCUCGGUGAUGAAAUUGGAUGGAUAUUACCUGUGAUGAAACGUCUGCAUAUUAAGUGAGUAUACAACUAAGGUGCGGUUUUGGUACUCUGGGUGGCUGAAGAAAGGAAAAGCUGAUAGAAUAAAUAUGGACCUAUAUUAUAUUAAACAUUGUCGGGAUUUAGCUAUCCAUAUAUAUACGAUUUCUAUUUGAUCAAGAGUAUGGGCCACUGUAGAGCCCAACGCUAUCACAGACCUUAAAUGAUGGAGCCUAAAACUCGUGAGGCCCAAUAGCCAAAGGGUAUGGUCCCUAAGGCAGGAGGGUAUAAAUCCAAGUGUCAGUUUCUUGUAUGAUAACAACAUUUUGAAACAAAA